AGCACUGGAGAGAAAGGAUUUGGUUAUAAGGGUUCCUGCUUUCACAGAAUUAUUCCAGGGUUUAUGUGUCGGGGUGGUGACUUCACGCACCAUAAUGACACUGGUGGCAAGUCCGUCCACCAGGAGAAAUUUGAUGAUGAGAACUUCAUCCUAAAGCAUACAGGUCCUGGCAUCUUGUCCACGGCAAAUGCUGGACCCAACACAAAUGGUUCCCGGUUUUUCAUCUGCACUGCGAAGACUGAGAGUUUGGAUGGCCAGCACGUGGUCUUUGGCAAUAUGAAAGAAGGCAUGAAUGUUGUGGAGGCCAUGGAGCGCUUUGGGUCCAGGAAUGGCAAGACCAGCAAGAAGAUCACCAUUGCUGACUGUGGACAACUCCAACAAAUUUGAAUUGUGUUUUAUCUUAAACACCAGCCCAUUCCUUCUGUAGCUCAGGAGAGCACCCC